ACAAAGAAGAUCCCGAACGUUCAGGAGGGAAAAAGUAAAACAUAAAAACACAUUUUUAAAAUGUAAAACGGUUCUCUAGCCAUUUCUACAACACAAACGUAAUACAUAAAAAGACCACAUCAUCGACAAUACCACCCGAAUACAUCGUAAACAUCAUAUUUAAUAUAUUCCGAUUCAACAUCCGUCACUAAAGGUUUAUGAUUCACAUUUGGAACGGAAAUGGUGCGUGUUUGCUGGCUUGUUAGGCGGGAUGGGGGCCACCAGCCUAUCAGACUCGCCCAUCUUCAAACAGUCCUGUUAGGCCGGGGUCCUGAAACCAAAAUAGUAGACAAGAAGUGCUCCAGGCAACAAGUACAACUAAAGGCAGACUACAAUAAAGGAUACAUCAGUGUGAAGCAGCUGGGUGUAAAUCCAACCAGUGUGGACUUGGUGGAUGUUGGAAAAGGCAACGAAGUGAAGCUGAAGCCAGGGCAGCUUCUGCACAUAGUCAAUCAGAAGUAUCCUUACACAGUGCAGUUCAGGGAGGAGGCUGCAGACAGCACCAUCUCUCCCAUCAAAGAGGGAAAGCCAUGCCCAAAGAGAACACAGGAGGCCAGCCCAGAAAACAGCAGGGCUAAAAGCGCACCCCCAAGCAGCAAGAUUCCAAGGGUGGAGGCACCAAAUAGGGAUUCUGAAAGAUGUAGACCGGAAAGCCACAGCAGUACCUCCAUUCCUUCUCCUAAAAUGCCAGAGAGAAAGGAGUCUGGAGGACACUGGAGUCAAGGACUAAAAUCCUCUAUGCAAGACCCCAAAAUGCAGGUUUACAAAGACGAGAAAGUGGUUGUUAUAAAGGAUAAGUACCCCAAAGCCCGGUAUCAUUGGCUGGUUCUACCCUGGGAAUCGAUCUCCAGCCUGAAGGCUGUCAAGAAGGAGCAUUUGGCCCUCCUGAAGCACAUGCACAGCAUUGGGGAGAAGAUAGUACAAGAUUGCCCUGACUUCAGCACACUGCAGUUUCGACUGGGAUAUCAUGCCAUUCCAAGCAUGAGCCACGUCCAUCUUCAUGUUAUCAGCCAAGACUUUGAUUCCCCUUUCUUGAAAAACAAAAAACACUGGAAUUCUUUUACAACAGAAUAUUUUCUUGAAUCUCAAGAUGUCAUGGAAAUGGUGGAGAGAAACGGAAAAGUCACAGUAAAGGAUGGGACCAACGAUUUGCUUAAACUGCCACUCCAAUGUCAUGUCUGCCGAAGGGAGCUGUCCACCAUUCCUCAGUUAAAGGAACAUUUGAAAACGCACUUACCAUAGUGAUAUGAACUGGAGUUCAACCAGAAAGAUUAUUAAAAUACACUGCUUUUAUCUCGGGAAACAGGUCAAGUAAAUGAGUAAGUGCUGAGGAUGUGGUAGCUCACAUUUGUAAAAUGUUAUUGUUUAUAAUUUCAUGAUCUGCUUUAGGCACCUAAUAUUCAAGUGUGCAACUUCCUCGAAUGUUAAUCCAGUAAUUGGUGGGAAAUGUGUACAAGUUGUUACUCAUUUAAUUAUAAAAAUGUUUAGAAAUGAAUUGAUUUUUUUCUGAGUGUUAUUAUUGUAAAAGACAUAUAGUUGUAUGCAGUGUAUAUAUCUUACAACUUUUAUUUUCUUCACCUGUUCUGUAAGUAUAUUAACUCUACUCAUAAUAAACACAUAUCAGUAGUGAUAUUAUGACAUAUGUUUAGGCCCAUGGAGAUACACGUUUAUUUAUAUUUCAGUGACGAAACCAUAUCAAGACCACAUUAGUUUGACACCACA